AUGCUUCAAGCAGACCAAAGCCAUUCAUCUUUUGAGGGAUAUCCAUCUUUCUACUCUCGGGAUGAUGCAGGAAAGACAUUAAUAACGUCAACUGUUGAUUUUUGUGAAGCCAAUUUCCAACAUACUUCAUUUAUUGCUGAGCCUGCCAAUACCAUUUCUUCAUUGGUUUACUGUUUAAUUUCCAUCUCUCAUCUUUAUUUUACGUUCAAAUAUUGUUAUGGAAAGAAAAAUAGGUUUUACUGGAGAUUUGUUUUAAGUAGUGUAUGUUCAAUGAUUCUUGGAUUGGGAAGUGCUCUAUUACAUUGUACCCUUACAAGAUUUUUCCAAUACUUUGAUGAAAUUCCUAUGGUUGUUGCUGUAAUGCUUGGAAUACACAUGUUCUUAUUGAGAAAUAAGGAAGAUGAUGAAUGUUUAUGGUAUAAUAUACUAGUUUCAAGUGUAUUGACAUUUGUGACAGUUGGUCAUUCAAUUUCAACUAUUUGGGUUUCUGACAGUUAUUCUAUUUUCGUUUAUGUUUUUGCUGCUCUAUUGAAUAUCUCAACACUACUAGAAGCUCUUCAUGUUUAUAGAGGAAAUAAUUUAGAGAUAUGGUUUAAAAAGGUUUUACCACAUGCUUCUCAAGAAAAAAUUGAUGCCUGCUCUAGAAAUGUUAGACGAGUUUAUUUAAUUUAUUUCGUAUUCUUCUUGGUUGCUUUCAUACUUUGGGCAAUAGAAUUUUAUUUUUGUCCAAAUGUUUAUUUUCUGUAUUUACAUGUAUUUUGGCACAUUAUGACAGCUAUAGCAGCAAAUGCCAAAUCUACAUUGUGGAAAUAUAUGACUUUACUUGGUCAUGGUGUAGAAGAAGCUGAAAUGACUUAUUAUGAUCCAUUCAGAACAAUGGUUAAACUUGAUAUUAAGGAAAAGAGUAAUUAA